UAGCCAAGAAAUCGUCACUUGUUCCAACCUGCCACAUUUAUGUCAAAUUACUGCUUGUUCUUUUGGUUACUCAAAACCAUAAUCAGUUACAAAAAAAUGAAAACAAUUCGAAGACGACAUAAAACAGGGACCGGAAAUAAGCAAGUAAGGGAGGAGGAGAACUGGGUAUGAGUUUUUCAGGCCCUCACGUCUUCCUCGGCCAAUAUGCCGGCUAAACUUUGUUGCAUUUUACUGGUAUUCGCCAAAUGACCUUGGAGAAACAUGCAUGUUUACCUCCCAAGACUCAGGGUUAGUACUGCUAGGAAAACGUUUUCAAGGCUAUUUUGCUCUUCGCCAAGAAUCGGAUAUAACUUUUAUGACGAAACUGAGGUACGAGAGAAAUUCAGACUUUUGGGAACCGGUGAUGUGACUCUAUCUAAGCUAACAGGGAAUCACAAGGGAGUUGCAGUGAUAUCUCUGAUCAAUCCUGCAAGGAAAAAUGCACUUUCAGGGUACAUGAUGGUUAAACUUGCAGAAGUAGUAGACGAACUUGAACAAUGGCUGCAUGGAAAAGCUGUUGUUUUGCAUGGCAGCGAAGGGUCUUUUUGUUCAGGGGCUGAUUUGAGUGUAAUAAAGGCGAUCAAUACCCCUGAAGAAGGAACCCUAAUGUGUGCUUUUAUGCAAAGAACUCUGAGUCGUUUGGGAAGGCUCCCUCUCGUCAGUGUGGCAGCUAUUGAAGGAAGAGCACUAGGUGGAGGAGCUGAAGUAAGUAGUCUGAAUGCAUAAAGAGCAGC